AAUAAUACUCUGGUGACGUAUAGCUUAUAAAUAAUACUCUGGUGACGUAUAACAUAUAGAUAAUAUUCAGGUGACCUAUAACUCAUAGAUAAUACUCUGGUGACGUAUAACUUAUAAAUAAUACUCUGGUGAUCUAUAACUAAUAAAUAAUACUCUGGUGACCUAUAACUUAUAACUAAUACUCAGAUGACCUAUAAUUUAUAGAUAAUACUUUGGUGACCUAUAACUUAUAAAUAAUACUCAGGUGAUCUAUAACUUAUGAAUAAUACUCAGGUGACCUAUAACUUAUGAAUACAACUCAGGUGACCUAUAACUUAUAGAUAAUACUCUGGUGACGAAUAACUUAUAAAUAAUACUCUGGUGACCUAUUACUUAUAUAUAAUACUCUGGUGACCUAUAACUUAUAAAUAAUACUCAGAUGACCUAUAACUUAUAGAUAAUACUCUGGUGACGAAUAACCUAUAACUAAUACUCUGGUGACCUAUAACUUAUAAUUGAUACCCUGGUAACCUAUAACUUAUAUAUAAUACUCUGGUGACCUAUAACUUAUAGAUAAUACUCAGGUGACCUAUAACUUAUAGAUAAUACUCAGGUGACCUAUAACUUAUAAGUAAUACCCAGGUGACCUAUAGCUUAAAAAUAAUACUCUGGUGACGUAUAACUUAUAACUAAUCCUAUGGUGACCUAUAACUUAUAAAUAAUACUCAGGUGAUCUAUAACUUAUAAAUAAUACUCUGGUGACCUAUAACUUAUAAAUGAUUCUCUGGUGACGUAUAACGUAUAAUUGAUAUUCUGGUGACGUAUAACUUAUGAAUAAUACUCUGGAGACCUAUAACGUAUAAUUAAUAUUCUGGUGAUCUAUAACUUAUAACUAAUUCUCAGAUGACCUAUAACUUAUAAAUAAUUCUCUGGUGACUUAUAACUGAUAAAUAAUUCUCUGGUGACUUAUAACUGAUAAAUAAUACUCUGGUGACCUAUAAGGCCUGUCGGCCUCUGGAUCCACACUUGUUCAAUUCAUCGCUUUGAUUUCAUUAAUUUAUCUCUUUGGUAAGACAGACAAAUGAACGGACGGACGUUUUAGUGGACAUAGAUAUACAUAUUUAUUGUUACAAUCUGACUCAGGAGACUCCGAAGUCCAAACUAAAUAUAAACAAAGAGCUUAAACAAUAGAGCAUGCGUUGUGUAUACACUAAGUACUUACAAAACCAGUACACGUGCACCCAUUAUCUCUGGGACUUGCUGAUAACUGCAGUGAUGACCAAGGUGGGUAUUAAGUUUCAUUUGACACUAAUUUUUCUCUGAAUAAUAUACACAUAUUAUUUUUAUUUUCAACACCAAAAUGGAACGUCUGUAUGUUACAAUUCAUUGAAUGAAAAUCUCAUGGAAGUGCUGUUAUUUUCUUAUACAUUCACAUUUACUUUUUAUAACCCAGUUUUGUUUUUACAGGUAUACAUUGUGUAGGCCUCCGGUCCUCGCACCCAGUAGUAUUAAAAUCCACCCCCUUAUACUGAUGCUGGCCUUUAUUGUUUUCCGAAGUCACGUGGUGUAAAACAUGGAUAAAUACAAAACGUUAGACGAAGAUCGUGAAGUGAGUGGACAGGACACGACUAUACAGAGUGAUGGGGGCGGGUUUGAAAUCGCCGCCGGACAGGUCAGGGUUCCGAAAUCAACGGGGACGACAUUUAGCUUCCGAAAAUUAUGGGCGUACACUGGACCUGGCUUUCUGAUGAGCAUAGCGUACCUUGACCCUGGUAAUAUAGAGUCUGACCUUCAAGCCGGAGCCAUUGCAAAAUAUAAGUUGCUGUGGGUUCUGAUGUGGUCUACAGUCCUUGGUCUCAUGCUUCAGCUACUGGCGGCCAGGCUAGGAUGCGUCACAGGAAGGAAUCUCGCAGACGUUUGCCGUCUGGAGUACCCAACAGUACCACGGUACAUACUGUGGAUAAUGAUGGAAAUCGCCAUCAUCGGAAGUGACAUACAGGAAGUCAUCGGGUCGGGGAUUGCAAUCAAUCUCCUCUCAAACAAUUUGAUUCCUAUUUGGGCCGGUGUUCUGAUUACAGGGGCUGACACCUUCACGUUUCUUUUCUUGGAGCAAUUCGGUCUGCGGAAAUUGGAGGCCUUUUUCUGUAGUCUGAUAACAAUUAUGGCAGUGGCAUUCCUCUACAUAUAUAUUCACAUUAAACCCGACCAGGGCGACAUUCUGAUUGGUCUUUGGUUCCCAUGGUGCCAGGAUUGUAAUAAAGACGCCAUUCAACAACUUGUUGGCAUCGUGGGAGCAGUCAUUAUGCCCCAUAAUAUAUAUCUCCACAGUUCUUUAGUUUUAUCCCGUAUUAUAGACCGAACAGAUAGGACUGAAAUCAAGGAAUCCAUCAAAUACAACAGUAUAGAGUCGGCGAUUGCUCUGUUUGUUUCUCUCCUCGUCAACUUAUUUGUGGUGGCUGUGUUCGCGGCAGCUUUCUCUGACCCCCUGUCUGCCGAGACCGCCAGCUUAAGUGUUGCUGGUGAUUGGUUGUAUAAUAAAUAUGGAUUAGCAAUGAAAAUUGUGUGGGGCGUGGGCAUUCUCGCAGCAGGACAGAGCUCAACCAUGACGGGAACGUAUGCUGGCCAAUUUGUGAUGGAGGGCUUUAUCCAAAUCAAAUGGGCUAAAUGGAAAAGAGUAUUAUUGACAAGGUCUAUCGCGAUGGGACCAACCAUUUUAGUAGCGCUGCUGGCAACCAACGACCUUGACAUGAUGAAUAACUGGUUAAAUGUCCUUCAGAGCGUGCAGCUCCCAUUCGCUUUGUUACCAGUGUUACAUUUUACCAGCAGUGAAAGAAUCAUGAAAGAAUUCAAAAAUGGAAAGGCUAUGAAGACUGUUGUGUGGGUGUUGGCAGUGUUAGUGAUGGCCAUCAACUUCUUCCUUGUUGUUGUGUUUGUGGGGGCCGAUCAAGCUUGGUAUAUAUAUCUCGUCACAGCGUGUGUUCUCAUUGUAUAUUCAUUAUUUGUAGCCUACAUUGCACUUAGUCCGGACAGAGUUCUCAAGAUAAAGAUGUACUUUACAGAGAAGUUUGGUUGGAAUUCAGAGAACAUCGCUCAGGAGAUGAUGAGACGAAACUCUCUCACAUAUCUUCCAGAAAACAUCCAUUCCUUGUAAAUGUGUUGUUUUUUGAUUAACUAUAAAAGUAACUUAGUCGUUUUGCCGAAAUGAAUUAUAACUCAGUGGCGGAUUUAGACGCACGGUCACAGGGGUUUCAAUCCCCCAUUGGUUGAACAAUUUUUAGCAGCUUUUUUGUUGUUGUUGCUAUUCUGGGAUUUUCAACCCCUUAUCCUUUCUGGACAGAAAAGAUGCAAAAUUGGGUCACAACACCACAACCUUUUCUGGACGGAAAAGUUACAAAAUUGAGUCGCAACAUCCCACCUUUGAUGAUUUUCUGGAUCCGCCCCUGUAAUUUGUAAUUUUGUAUUUAGAUAUGUAUACAGUACGAAUGAAAGUUUGGGAUGUUAGUAAUAUGUUGCCAUCCCAACAUUAUUUCAGAGACCUCCAUUAUUCCCAAAAGGAUGGAAAUUUUAUUUACACAAAAUAAUCUGCAGAAAAAGAGAUGUUUUAUACAACUCUAUCACAAACAAGGAAGUAAUGAAUGUAAAGGAGUUAGAUAGUUUUUGUCCGAUACCCUCUAACAGUGUCCUUGUGUAGUAGUAUUGAACGCUAGGUAUGUUUGAGAUUGUAGGGUAAAGAUGGCUAUACUUCACACAUCACGUGUACACAAUUAAAUUAUUUGCAUGUAAUAUAUCUCGUGUGGUGCAACAUUUGUAUUGUGCAAGGUUUUCCUUUAUUCCAGAUUAUUGUACAAUACGAAUUCCUUAGUCUUUGAAUUUUUCAUGUGCACAUGAACAGCCGUCUUUUUGUGAAUGCGCUUUCUUAAUUGCUGCUUGGUGGGUUUUUUUAUCCGUUUACUGGUCCGUUAGAGUCAUCUAGCACCUGUGAUACGAUAUCAGGUAAUAUUGCUAACAGACGUACAAUGUUAGAAAGUGUGCAUAAAGAGACGCCAGAAUUGAAAUAUAAUAGCUUGGAAAGCGGAAUUUUUUUAUUAUUAUUUUUUUUUUUACACACAGCUGUGCCUGACUGAACUGAAUUUAUUUCUCAACACAAUUACACAAUUGUAUACAGAGAUUUAGUACAUAUAUUUUAUAUAAAAGUGAUGGUAAUAUAUCACUAAAUGUUUUAAGGCAUGCGUGAGUAUGGAGAUAGGCAACAUAUGCAAUUUUAGAUCCGAGUAGUCAUUGGGUCGGGGAGCAUAGUUUAUUAAUAUUUCUUAUAAAGGAACACAAUUUUCUUAGAAAAGAUUGCUUGUUUGAAUUCAUUAUAUUCUUAAAAGUGAUGAUGUUUUUGUUUUGGUGAUAAACAUUGUUUCUUAUAUCAAUCAGAGAUUUGCAAUUAAACAUGUAGUGGCAUUCGUCACCAAUUUCAU